AUGACCGCCGAGAGCGGGCCGCCGCCGCCGCCGCCGCAGCCGGAAGCCCUGGCGGCGGUCAAGGAGGAGCGCGGCGAGGCCGCGGCGGGGGUCCCGGCGGAGGCGGCCGGCCGCGGCGCGGGUGGGCGGCGGCGCAAGCGCCCCCUGCAGCGCGGGAAGCCGCCCUACAGCUACAUCGCGCUCAUCGCCAUGGCCAUCGCGCACGCGCCGGAGCGCCGCCUCACGCUCGGCGGCAUCUACAAGUUCAUCACCGAGCGUUUCCCCUUCUACCGCGACAACCCCAAGAAGUGGCAGAACAGCAUCCGCCACAACCUCACGCUCAACGACUGCUUCCUCAAGAUCCCGCGCGAGGCCGGUCGCCCGGGCAAAGGCAACUACUGGGCCCUCGACCCCAACGCCGAGGACAUGUUCGAGAGCGGCAGCUUCCUGCGCCGCCGCAAGCGCUUCAAGCGCUCGGACCUCUCCACGUACCCGGCCUACAUGCACGACGCGGCCGCGGCCGCCGCCGCCGCGGCCGCCGCCGCCGCCGCCAUCUUCCCGGGCGCGGUGCCCGCCGCGCGCCCGCCGUACCCGGGGGCCGUCUACGCGGGCUAUGCCCCGCCGUCGCUCGCCGCGCCGCCCCCGGUCUACUACCCCGCCGCGUCGCCCGGCCCGUGCCGGGUCUUCGGCCUGGUGCCCGAGCGGCCGCUCAGCCCAGAGCUGGGCCCCGCGCCGUCGGGACCCGCGGGCUCCUGCGCCUUUGCCUCCGGCAGCGCCUCUGCCACCACCGCGGGCUACCAGCCCGCGGGCUGCGCCGGAGCCCGACCCGCCAACCCCGCCGCCUACGCGGCCGCCUACGCGGGCCAGGACGGCUCAUUCCCGCAGGGGGCCAGCAGUGCCCUCUUCGCGGCUGCGGGCCGGUUGGCGGGGCCCGCGUCGCCCGCCUCGGGCGGCGGCGGCGGCGUGGAGGCCGCGGUGGACUUCUACGGGCGCACUUCGCCCGGCCAGUUCGGGGCGCUGGGGCCCUGCUACAACCCUGGUGGGCAGCUCGCAGGGAGCAGUGCGGGCGCCUACCAUGCUCGCCAUGUGGCCGCCUAUCCUGGCGGCGUAGAUCGUUUCGUGUCUGCCAUGUGAGCCGGGCGUACGGUCGAAAAUUCAUAGAUUUUAGCAGUUUACACGAACAAAGUAUCCCGGAGACCCGAGGACAGGACUGGAGAGAGGGCCGAACUGAGAAUCACAAAGAAAGGACAGUGGCAGGAGACGCGCAACCUCCGAGCGCAUCGCGUACGCACCUGGUUUACUUCGUGACGGGAGGAAGUUGGGGAAAGGCAGCCUCAGCCCGUGGACCGGGGGAAAAGUCCCCGCAAUCAGGCGAAGCGCCAAGGGACUCGCCUUUCAAGUGGCGCAGCGUAGUGUCUACACCAGACGCUAGGAUCCGAAUUGUGGGGAAUCACGAUUUCGCUCUUCCCUGUACUGUGCGAAACUCGGGCCUUUUACGCGGGUUCGGCCGCUUGUGCCUUUGACUAUGUUGCCACAAUAAAAGGCUCCAAUAGCGCCUUCCUUCUUAAGGUGAGGAAGACAAGUUUGCAAAAGAAGUAGCUUUUUGUUUUCUUUUUUAAAUUGGGGAAAUCGCUCUGCUUCGCUUGGCCUGGCGCUGGUUUUCCCUGCCUCUGAGAAUGGCAGCCCCGGCAGAGUCUGGA